AUGGACGAUUUGGCGUCGAUUCGGAAGCUAGAUCGGGAUUGGGAAGGCAUCCUUGCCCUGGAUGUCAAACAUGCAAACCUGACGGAUGAUUUUACGUUCGAAAGAGCCAUCAGGUUCCUACCGCUGUCUCAGCAAGCCAAGAUCUAUCAACUGAGGACGCUCCAGGGGAAGUAUGCGGCAGUUUGCAACAGGUUGCUGCAGUUGUUUGGAUGUAGCAUUGCGAGUGGGAUCGGUUUUGGUGAAGUUGAGUUUGAACACAGCAGUUAUGGGAAACCUCGCAUGAAGAACUGUCCACAAAUAUCAUUCAGUAUGUCUAAUGGACAGGAUUAUGUCGUCCAGUACAUAUGCCGACGAAAUGAUGGCGAUCCUGCCGAGCUGGGAGUUGACAUAGCCUCGAGAGAUGAUUACCUGGGUGGCCACGACCUAGAGACGUUCUGUGAAGUCUUCUCUGACACCGAGUACAAGCAUCUGCAAUCAUUGGACGAUGGUAUGAGGAGAAAGGCUUUUGCGUUCUACUGGUCUUUGAAAGAAUGCUAUAGCAAGUACACAGGACUGGGACUGAAUUGUGAUUUAUCGAAGUUGGAUUACGGUGGGAUGCAAGUCCCAGAGGUGGGAUCUGGCUCACAGCGACUGAUCGACAACGAUUCCAUGUUGUUCUAUUCCGUGUGGAUCCCUCGCCAUGGCAAGGAGAUCGUCACUGUAUGUCGUCAAGACGAUUUAAAGGAACCGGCACUGUCUCGCUGGCUCAAGAGCGGACCUCCGGUCUACAGAAUUACACUGGAGGAUAUCCUUGGGUUCCUUGAGGCAGGGGAUGCUAGACGGCCAUGA